UACCUAAGGCUCAUCUUUGAGUUACUUGGCCGGAUCAUCAGCUCUCCCCACCAUUCGGAUGCUUCCAUUCGCCUUCUCUGCCCCUGGCAUUGCCAACUAGUAGUAUUCAAUGAUGCCGACGGCGUUGAUGCGGCAGUAAUCCACCAAUGCAAGGCGGGCCAGGUACCACGUACCUCCCACACAGCCAAAUGGGAAAGAUGUGCUUCGGUACCUGAACAUCGCGACGCUGGGAUGCUUGACAGCGUACUGCGUAGUUGGACACACGGGCCUGGCAUAAAUGGCCCUAGCCGGCGUUUGCCUGCUGUUUCGGGGGCUUGUGCGAGCAGCCAAGGUCGCGCCAGAUCCAUCGGAGGCGCUAUGUAUGCACAAAGCUGGCCGUCUUCUAUUUUGUGUUCUGAAAAAGCGACAUGGUGGUACGGAUACCGCCCGCGGUGA